AUGACAGGAACUGCAAUGAAUUAUAAUGGAAUCAAUCACCGUUCGAAACAUUUAAUGAAGAAAGUUCAAGAUACAGACACAGAUUGUGUAACAACUACUGUUCAAAACCAAGCAUGUCAUGCUGGUCAUUGUCAUAAUACUACAACUUAUAUUCAUGGUUGUGAUACUUAUGAUGGUGAUGAUGAAUGUGAUAAUCUUACUGUUCAUUAUAAUGUUCAUAAUACUACUGGUUGGCGUAAUACAACUUGUGAUCUUCAUGCUUGUACUGAUUUUCUCAAUGAUGAUGAUUGUGCAAACGCUAAUUUAACAUUUAAUUCUUGCACAAAUGGUGAUUGUCGCAGUGGUAUAACUACUAUUCAUGGUUGUUUUGAUUCUUCUUAUGCAAUUAAUCAUCUUGGUGUUGCAGACGGUCUUGAUGAUUUUUUUGAUAUUCCUUGUAUUAACCUUCUUUUUGAUACUUUUUAUGGUCGACAUUUUGGCAAUAGCAAAAAAUAUGAUCAACAAUCUGUCGCAUCAUUUUCAUCGAAGAAACUUUGCUGUGAGGGUCGUGCUUGUAUGAAAUGUGAAAAAUGCCGUGACUGGUGUUACGCUGGUGAUCUGGAAACUUGGAAGUGGAUCCGCAAUCAUAAGAACUGGGAGGCGGCAGAUCGAAAACGUUGGAUGUCUGAAAAUGUCUGGAAACGUUUCAAGCAUCGAGAUGGUUCCACAUGUACAUGUUUUCAUGGUUACAGAGAUGAUUGUUUUGAAUGGGAACUUGAAAGCACACGAAAUACUAUUGGUCGUUUUUUUACUGAUAUUUUAACUGAGCUCACUAGUGAUCGGACUCGUACUCUCAAUCGUUAUGACGCAACUGAUGGUGGUUAUGCAUUUUUAAAUACAACUACACACAGUUUCUAUUUCUUUUGUAAAGAGAAUCAUCUAAAAGCUAUGUACGUAAUACAAUUUUGUACAAUUCUUCUUAUUUAUAUUGUGACACAAAGUCUUGCAGCACCAUACAAAAUUUCAAAUGGUUGUGGUUAUGAUUCAUGCAACCCGGGUAAACCUGAUCAAAUCAAUGUUCAUAUUGUCGCUCAUACACAUGACGAUGUUGGUUGGCUAAAAACAGUCGAUCAAUAUUACUAUGGAUCUCAUGGAGAAAUUACUAGAAAAGGUGUUCAAUAUAUUCUUGAUUCAGUUAUUCAGGCAUUAGUAGAUAAUCCUGAUCGUCGAUUUAUUUAUGUUGAAAUAGCGUUUUUUUGGCGUUGGUGGAAUCAACAACCAGAAGAUAUACGUAACACAGUUAAGAAACUGGUCAAUGAAGGUCGUCUGGAGUUUAUUUCGGGUGGUUGGUCCAUGAUUGAUGAAGCAGCAACACAUUAUAAUUCAAUUAUUGAUCAACAUAGUUUAGGUGCAGAAUUCUUGAAUGACACAUUUGGUGAAUGCGCACGACCAAAAAUUGGUUGGCAAAUUGAUCCAUUCGGUCAUUCGCGAGAAGUUGCAUCGCUCUUUGCACAGAUGGGCUUUGAUGGUUACUUUUUUGGACGUGCAGAUUAUCACGAUAUAUUAGGUCGUUCUGCGGAAAGAACCAGAGAAAUGGUGUGGCAGGCAACUGCCGAUUUAGAUCCUCAAAACUGGCUUUUCACGGGUAUUUUACCACUUUAUUACUUUGGUCCGCCAACAUUUUGUUAUGAUAUCACCUGUAAUGAUCCACCAAUUGUGGAUGAUAAAAAUGUGCACGAUUACAAUGUACCGGAACGUGUUGAAGCAUUUAUUGGAGCAUCAUUAGCUCAAGCGGAAAUCUAUGCCACCAAUCAUAUCAUGAUGACAAUGGGCGGUGAUUUUUAUAAUCAAAAUGCUCUUGAGGAUUUCAAAAAUUUAGACAAAUUAAUAUAUUAUGUUAAUCUACAGCAAGCGAAUGGUAGUGGCGUCAAUAUCUUUUAUUCAACACCGUCAUGUUAUUUAUACGCCUUGAAUAAAGUGGGAAAAAAAUGGCCAACAAAAACCGAUGAUUUCUUUCCUUACGCCAGUACUCCAUUUGUAUAUUGGACAGGUUAUUUUACUUCAAGACCAGCAUUAAAACGUUAUGAACGUUAUGCUAAUAAUAUUCUUCAAGUAACUCGUCAACUAAAUGGAUUUUCACAAUCGAAUCUACGAAAUAUUAUUUUUGAUUUAAGUGAAGCAAUGGGACUGGCUCAACAUCAUGAUGCAGUUAGUGGAACAUCGAAACAACAUGUAGCUGAUGAUUAUGCUCAACGACUUUCUGAUGGUAUUGAUCGAGCAACAGACGUAAUCAAUGAUGCUUAUGCAGAACUCUUGCCUAAAGAUAGUCGAUCAACACCAAUUCCUCACCAAUUUCUCUGUCCAUAUUCGAAUAUAAGUGCAUGUCUUCCGAUUGAAGGACAGAAACAAUUCACAGUGACACUUUGGAAUCCAACUAUUCAUCCAGUAACAGUUCAUCAUCAUGUACCUGUAACUGGACAAUAUUUAAUUUAUGAUCCAAAUGGAAAUCUUAUUCCAGCUGAGUAUCUUUCGAUUCCCGACACAAUAAAAAAUAUUCCUGGUCGAAUGAGUUCUGCUCAAAACCAAUAUGUGUUUCGAGCAUCAUUACCAGCGCUUGGCUAUAACACCUAUUAUUUUGAAGCGAAAACUGAUACGAACAAGAUCAAACAUAAGGAAGCAAUAACAACAACAAAUGAAGCAUGUAUUCUACAGAAUGAAUAUUUGCGUGUAGUAUUUAAUGAUCAAGGCAAUUUAAAACAUAUUGUCAAUUUAGCAAAGAAUUUGACAGUAUCAUUUACUGGACAAGGUUUCUAUUGGUAUAUUGGUUAUGCUGAGGGUAAGACUACUCCAUUUUCACCAGCAUCAGGCGCUUAUAUCUUUCGACCAUUGCAUCCAGAAGCAUUUCCUGUGAGUCUUGUAGCUCAUUAUUGUAUUUCGAAAAAUACCAAUAGAAAUUGUACAAAAACAGAUACUGUACAAAAAGCAUCGAUUGUGUACAAUAACUGGACUAGUCAAGAAUUUAGUCUCUAUCGUAAUGCAUCAGCCGUUGAAAUUGAAUGGAUAGUUGGACCAAUUCCAAUAGAUGAUAAUAUCGGUAAAGAGAUUAUUAUUCGUUAUAAUACUGAUAUUAAGAGUGAAAAAAAAUACUAUACGGAUGCUAAUGGACGCCAAGUUCUCGAACGUAUUCGUGAUUAUCGACCAACAUGGCAUCAUGUGCCUGAUGAUCUUGUUAGUAGCAACUAUUAUCCAAUAAAUAGUCGCAUUUGGAUUCAAGAUCAAGAUCGACAAUUCACUAUUCUUACUGAUCGAUCCCAAGGUGGUGGAAGUAUAUAUGAUGGAUCAAUUGAAAUUAUGGUGCAUCGUCGAUUGUUACACGAUGAUUCAAUGGGUGUUAAAGAAGCUUUAAAUGAAACUGCUUAUGGCAAAGGCCUUGUUGUUUCUGGCAAACAUAUUCUUCUUUUUGAUCGACCAUCAGAUAGUGCUCGAUUACAUCGAACCGGUGCUCAACAAUUAUUUAUGCAUCCUCUAGCAACUUAUUCAUUGCCGAAUACAUCAUCUCAUACAAAUUAUUCGAAUAUGUUUCGUCAAAGUUGGUCAGCUUUAUCAGAUGCAAUGCCAUUAAAUGUACACUUACUAACAUUCGAUCAAUUAGCUCCUAAACAAUAUCGUGUCCGUGUUGAACAUUAUUUUGAAUUGCAUGAAGAUGAAUUCUAUUCAAAAUCAGUAACCAUCGAUCUUCAAACAUUAUUCAAAAGUAUCGGUACCAUAAAUGAUAUGACUGAAUUAAUAUUGACUGCAAAUUUACCAUCAUCCGAGUUGCAUCGACUUCAAUGGAACAUUAAAGAUCAAGAAUCGUCACAUACCAAUAUGUUUCGUAAGCUAUAUUUUCAUUAA